UGAUUACGACACGGCCAUCUCAAUCACAUGUGAACGCUGCUUACGAUUACGGCGUAUCGGUCGGCCAAUCACAGCGCAAGUUUACAAUCUUGAGAUAUUCAAACGCGAAAUUUUUCAAUUGCGCGCCCAAACGGAUCUUCGAAUCCCCGGUCGUGUCGGUGCUCCGAGGACAAAAGCGUAAAAUUGAAGAAGCAACAGCAGACGGCGAUGAUGAUGAACAGUCGCAUGAUGAAGUGCGAUUUUGAGGAGAUGGUUUCAAAGAUCGAGCUUACGAAUCUAAAUUCGACGCGUCUCCUGAUAACCUCGCCUUUAGUAGGAAUAUAUAACGUUGCUUUACAAUACGUACAUGGUUUAUGUUGGAUCUUGCGAUAUUAUUAUCAAGGUUGCACAGCAGGUUUGCAUGGAGAUGGUAUUUCCUUUAUCGCUAUGCACCGUUUGCAAACGAUUUUAUUAACAUUGAUGGUCUCUACAGAAUUCGAGAAAGAUACUAUACCAAGUAAAAAAUCGCUUCGCACCAUCGAACAUAGAAUUACUGGAGAUGUUGCCGGUAGGACCGGUUUAAAAUCUGCGUUACAGUAAUGAACGUAUUAAUGAGUUGAGCGCUCUUAUCAUACUCUCGAGAGCUGGUCGACGAACAAAAAGAAAGAAGCGCGGGAUGAAUGACGAACUGAGAGACAUUAAGCCGAACAAGUUUAAGUAGUAGUAAUCCGGUGUAUCUCGUGGAGACGAGACUGGUGUAUCGUGUAGCAUCCAAUUCAAAGAUAUGUCACUCGUCGAAUUUCUCGCUCUUUCGACCAUCCUUCUCGUCUGGUCAGCGUAUGCAUAUCCGGAAGAUAGACUGAACUUUGAGGCGCGGACAUCAAUUCUCGAGACAAUAUUGGAACGCGAACCAACGGCUUUCAAAUUGUACACCAGGGAGAACCCAUUCGGCGAGGAACAAUUGUUUCUGAACGAUACCGAGGUAUUGUACGCGUCGCACUUCAACGAAAGCAGACCGACCAAGUUCAUCGUUCACGGAUUUAGCGAUACCGGAAACGAAGGCUGGGUACGAGAUCUAGUAAGAGCGUAUCUGCAUUAUCAAGAUGUGAACGUGAUAGUCGUGAGUUGGGGAAUUUUGGCGUCCUACGCUUAUCCGGUAGCAGCCAAGAAUACGCGUCUCGUCGGUGAAUAUUUAGGCCAAUUUCUGGAGUUCUUAAAUCGAGACUCGAAUCUGGAGUACAAGGAUGUGCACAUUAGCGGUCAUAGUCUAGGAUCCUACGUGGCAGGCUUCGCCGGAGCUUAUCUCGAGGGACGUAUCGGAAGAAUAACAGGAUUGGAUCCUGCGAGUCCCCUGUUCGAGACCAUUUCCGGUAUCGUCGAUCCGGAAUAUCGAUUGGAUCCAACCGAUGCUCAAUUCGUGGAUGUAAUCCACACCAGCGGUCCAGCGUUUGGAUUCUUGGCGCCUUUGGGACACGCCGAUUUUUAUCCCAACGAUGGCAAGAUUCCUCAACCUGGAUGCACCUUCAUGCCGACAAUAACUUAUUGUAGCCAUUCACGGGCGCAUCAGAUUAUGACCGAAAGUAUCGGCAGCACACUAGGUUUCAAGGCGAAAAUGUGUGAGAGCUAAAAAUACAAGCAGCAACUUUGCGAUCACAAUCCGAUCGUAUUGAUGGGCGAAUACGCUUCUACAUCGUUACGUGGCAAAUUUUACUUGUCGACCAACGGCGCGCCUCCGUACGCACUACAGUAAACAUUUUAACUAUCGAUUUUGAUUGAUUUUGAUUUUGAGAAUUUUUGCGAACUCACGAUUCGAGAACGAUGUGUAAUAUAAUAAUUUGUACUAGUCAUAUACUUAUCUUAUUUAUGAAAAGUUUUCUAAGCGUGUACCGAAUAUAUAUACUGGCAUCGGAAAUGUAUCUUUAACAUAAUGUUAAUAAUGUGCGUUUUACAUACAUAUAAUUUUAAAAAGAGUACAAAUUACAUUAACUGUGAGUACGAUUUUAAAUCAACAUGCCUUUUAAACAAUU